GUCAUUUUCGCUCGCACUUUCUCAAAGCAGCAUGUUUUGGUCAACAGAGUGAGUCGUGUGGAAGUUUUUCCGAAUAUUUUUCCUAAUUUUCAGUGAAAUAAAUGUACCACGGACAAGUUUUGUAGUUCAGAAUGAAGAACCUACCGGUGCUUACCAAUCUACAGCCUCAGUUCAGCAUAAUCCCAUCGAAACAAAAUGAGAUUCUGGCCAAUCUCGGAACCCCGCACAUCGAUUCCUUCAACUACAUGCUGGAGGAAGGCAUUGACGAUGUGAUACGGCGUCUGGACCCGAUGGAGUUUGAGCUACCGAACAAGAAUCGCGUUCGUUUACGUAUCAGCCAUUGUUCGAUAGCGAAACCGACGGUUCCACUGAAUCAGAUCAACGUCAAGGAGAAGCGGAUUUUCCCAUCCGAAUGUCGACAGAAGAACGAAACGUACUCCGGGAUGUGUACGAUAGUGGUGGACUGGGACGUGAAUGGGCAACCGAAACCGCCGAUUACGAAAGACAUCGGACAUUUGCCGAUAAUGCUUAGGACGAAGGCAUGCAACUUGGGUGGGUUGUCCCCGCGGGAACUGGUUGAACGGAUGGAACACGAAGACGAAUGGGGUGGACAUUUCAUCGUGAGAGGGUUGGAGAAGCUGAUCCGAAUGAUUAUUAUGACGAGGAGAAACUUUCCGAUUGCCCUGAACCGGAACUCUUGGAAGGAACGGGGAAAGGAGUUUAGCAGCACCGGCGUAAUGAUUCGUUGCGUAAAGACGGAUCAAACAUCUACCAACAAUGUGCUGCACUACCUGGUCAACGGAACGGCAAAGUUGAUGUUCUCCAUCAGGAAGUCGCUGACGUUCGUUCCGGUUGUGAUGCUUCUGAAAGCGCUGUCGCCUUACACCGAUAACGAAAUCUAUAAAAGGCUCAUUUCCGGCUUCGAAGACGAUCAAUAUUAUAAACAUUGCAUUCAAAAUAUGCUCCGUGAAUUGCAAGAAGAGGGCAUUCACAAUCAAGGCGAAUGUAAAAACUACAUUGGGAACGUUUUCCGGCAAAGAUUGUACAACUUGCCGCCGUGGUACACCAACGAAGAGACGGCGGAUCACUUGCUGAAGAAUUGCGUACUGAUUCACCUGGACGACGACCUGGAUAAGUUCAAUCUGCUGGUGUUUAUGAUGCAGAAGCUCUUCACUGCAGCUCAAGGCCGUUGCAAGCCGGAAGGAGCCGAUAGCGUCAUGAUGCAGGAGCUGUUGCUUGGCGGCCAUUUGUACCAAAAAUUGCUUCGGGAGCACAUGAUUUCAUUUCUGAUUGGGGUGAAAUUCAACAUUUUGAAGCUAUGUAGCGACGCAGAUGCGCACUUGACUCAGAACGAAAUGUUGAUGGCCUGCAAGAACACUGCGAAUUUCGAUCGUUCCUUUUCGAAUUUCCUGGCAACCGGUAAUAUGCCGAAAGCGAGCGAAAUGGGUUUGAUGCAGGACUCCGGUUUGGUCAUUGUGGCCGAAAACAUCAAUCGGAUGCGGUACAUGUCGCAUUUCCGUGCCGUUCAUCGUGGUUCGUUCUUCGUGACGAUGAGAACUACCGAAGCCAGACAGUUGUUGCCCGAUGCCUGGGGUUUCAUCUGUCCCGUCCAUACUCCGGACGGAACGCCAUGUGGUCUGCUGAAUCAUAUGACCUCCGAUUGCCUGGUGUCCAAAAGUGCCGAACCUAAAAAGGUGGCCAACAUCGAACGGUGUCUGAUCAGGUUCGGGAUGACGCCCAUCAAUAGUGUGUGUUUCGACGGCUACAACGUCCAGGAAAGCUAUUCGGUAAUGCUGGAAGGAAGAAUCAUCGGACAUAUCCCGAAAAAUGUAGCAGCUGUGGCGGUCAAUAAGUUGCGUUUGCUCAAAAUCGAAGGACUGGAAAUCCCAGAGGCCACCGAAAUUGCGAUGGUUCCAUCGAAGGAAGGCGGUCAGUAUCCCGGAUUGUACAUUUUCGUCGGUGUGGCUCGCAUGAUGCGUCCUGUGAUGAAUCUGUACGCCAAAAAAACCGAACUGAUCGGAACGUUCGAACAAGUCUACAUGGACAUUUGCAUAACUCCGGAAGAAGCCUAUCCAAACGUGACGACCCACAUGGAACUGUCGAAAACCUCCUUCCUCAGCAACUUGGCAAAGCUGAUCCCCAUGCCGGACUGCAACCAGUCGCCUCGAAACAUGUACCAGUGCCAAAUGGGUAAGCAGACGAUGGGCACUCCCUGUCACAACUGGCAGCAGCAGUGCGUUUCUAAGUUCUACCGGCUGCAAACUCCGGGGACGCCGCUUUUCCGACCGGUCCAUCACGACAACAUCGAUUUGGACAACUACGCCAUGGGAACGAAUGCCAUCGUGGCGGUUAUUUCCUAUACCGGCUACGACAUGGAAGAUGCCAUGAUCAUCAACAAGUCGGCCUUCGAGCGUGGAUUUGCCCAUGGAAACAUUUACAAAAAUGAAUUCAUCGAGCUCAAAGGAGACAGUUUCUUUGCGCGUGAUCCGCGCAAUGAAAACCUUCGGCCGUUUCUGGACAACGAUGGACUGCCCCACAAAAGCGCAAAGCUCUCGUUGAGAACGCCCCUUUACUGCUACUUCGACACCAAUGACCACAGCUACCACGUGGUCAAAUUCCAUGGCCAUGAAGAUGCCAUCGUGGACAACGUCAAGCUCUGCGGGUCCACCUCGGCCAGUGCGCCGAAGCGAGUGGUCAUUACCUUCCGGAUAGUGAGAAACCCCAACGUGGGCGACAAGUUCGCUUCCCGAGCAGGACAGAAGGGUAUUUGUUCGCAGAAGUGGCCUGCUGUGGAUCUACCUUUCACAGAAUCCGGUAUGAUUCCGGAUAUCAUCUUUAAUCCACAUGGUUUCCCGUCGCGAAUGACAAUUGCUAUGAUGAUCGAAACGAUGGCCGGUAAAACCGGUGCUUGCCAUGGCCUGGUGCACGAUGCGACGCCGUUCAGAUUCACCGAGGACAACACCGGUAUCGAUUACUUUGGCCGACUGCUGGAGGCCAGCGGGUACAACUACUAUGGCACGGAGCGAAUGUACAGCGGCGUGGACGGGCGGGAAAUGAAAGCGGACAUAUUCUUUGGAAUUGUCCACUAUCAACGUUUGCGUCACAUGGUGUCAGAUAAGUGGCAGGUCCGGUCCACUGGUCCCCUCGAUCAGUUGACCCACCAGCCGAACAAGGGCCGAUCCAGAGGAGGAGGUGUGCGGUUCGGAGAAAUGGAACGCGAUGCAUUGAUAGCACACGGAGCUUCGUUCCUAUUGCAGGAUCGAUUGUUCCACGGGUCGGACAAGAUUACAACACUCGUGUGUAGGGGUUGUGGCACGCUUUUAGGCCCAAUUAGUAGUAUAACGAAAAGGGUUGCCACGAAUACCUCCGAGACGCAUCGAACACCUGCCACGUGUCGACUGUGCCGCUCCGACAAAGAAAUUGGAUACGUCGAAAUACCGUACAUUUUCAAGUUCUUGGUAUCUCAGCUGACGGCAAUGAACAUUAACGUAAAACUAGAUCUAGAGAUGCCUCUACUGUAAAAAAUAAAAUUAAGUUUUCUUUUAUGUUAUAAAAAAGUAAAUAAAGUUUAGUACAUAAAAUACGAA